AUUGCCAUAUAUUGAAAAAGUUAGUUAGUUUAUUUUUUUUUUAAUUUGAUCGUUUGGUACGCAUAUAAAGCACAUUAUUGUGAAUAGUAACUGGAAAUAACCGUUUUUGAACAAAAACAAUUUUGAAAGCAUUUUUACGUGGAUGGAUGUCUGCAUUGCGCUAGAAUAUCUUCGGGAAAUCUGCGUUUUUUUUCACAAACUGUUUAUUAUUGCGAAUUAUGAAUUGUUCACAAUUACAAAAGCCACAAUCCCAUGUAGAAACACAAAACUGGAGUCAACUGGAGUGGACAUCAAUAAUUAAUACAACUAAUACAGUCGGUUUGUCCAGAAAGCAAAGGAAACGUUUACGUCAACGUGAAAGAGAAGCUCAGUGCGCUGCAAUUAUUAUGGCAGUUAAUAAAAUUAAACCUGAGGUUAAAGCCUUGCCCGACAAGAAAUCUAUCGAAAACGACACAAAUAUUCCGCAGAUACCUGCACUGUCGGGUAUGCUGUACGAUCUAGCCGUAAAAUUUCGCACCGAGAUAUGCUUAUUGCAAAUGCUCAUAGAAUCGGAGUCACCACAAAAUGUUAAAAUAAAUAAAAAACUUGCGAACGAAUUUAUUGUUGCGGAAAUAACAUUAACGAAUAAUAGUCCAAUAACAAAAGAAGCAUUUCAAUUUAUGCGUUCGGUGAUACUCAACACAAUUGAAAAAUAUCAAAAACAGAAAAACACAACACCUCUUCUACAGCAUGAAUCAUAACAACACAUUCAUAAACAUACUUUGUGAAGAUGCUUCUGCAUUUGGGUGUUUGCAGGACUGCGUUGGGCAGCGUGUCAUUAUAUCCUUUACAGGCAAGUGCUGGCCGCUUGUAUUGUUAUAGUGUAAUAUAUACAGGCAUUAUAAACGAUCCAAUGAAAUUUUUGCUGCAAAUCCGUUUGCACAUGCCAAAAUUGCGAACUGAUCACUGGAUU